AUGGACAACUUCCGCCUGUUCUGGGAAGUGUAUCUAGUUAUUCUGGGCUUGGACAAUGCAGGCAAGACCACAACAACACGUAGUAUUAAAGGAGUUUCCAGCGAUCUCGUUGCACCCACGAUCGGUUUCGAUCGAAUCGAAUUUGCCGUGGACCGGUUUAAUAUCAAUCUGUACGACCUGGGAGGUGGACGUACCAUCCGAGAUAUUUGGCAAACCUACUUUGCCGAAAUACACGGGGUCAUUUUUGUGGUUGAUUCUAGCGCUCCGGAGCGUCUCGAAGAAUGUCAGACUGUGCUCGGAAAACUGUUUGCGCAUCCGUCAAUUAGCGGGAAGCCAGUUCUGUUAUUGGCUAACAAGCAAGACGUUGAAGAAGCCAUGGAUGAGGCGGACUUGAUUCAUGCGUUACAACUUGAUUAUUUGGCAAACGAAUACCGAUGUCCAUGCAGAUUGGAACGGUGCUGUGCCCUUCUUCGACCCGGAAAGAAAUUGGACAAAGCCAUUCGAACUGGAUUGCGUUGGCUAUUGGCCUAUAUCGAGUCGGAAUGGGACACACUGGACCAACGAAUUCGCACAGAUGUGGCGAGACAAACCCAGGAACAAGCAUUGGAACGAGAGGCACGUCGGGAACGCGUGCGGUUGGUACGAGAGAAACGAGAACGACUCGAACGGGAACGUGCCGUGACUGAGGCUGCGGCCGCGACGAGUAACCGAAGUGUUGUGGACUCUGUCCGGGAGAACGGAUUCAGUAAAAUGGACCAAGGUGAUGCCAGCCUCACAACCAUAGGCUCGGAAUCCGUCGGAAAACCAGAAUGUGUCCGGGAGAAUGAGAAGCAUUUGAUACAACCGCAAACAGUCCCACAAGUUGGACCCUUAACACCAGCUCCUUCGAAUAGUGCAUCACCAUCAGUAGCAUCGCCGGUUCAUCAGCCUGUGAAUCGCACGAAUAACCGAAACUCGUUUGAUUUCACCUCUGCGCCUGAACCUAUCCUUGUCCGUGAGAGUGCGUUUACACCUAAAUCUACCGGAAGGCCAUCGGUGUCCAAUGCCCGAUCCCUAAUGAACUCACACGAACUACGUCGGCAGAUUCAGAUCGCGUGCAGUAUUGAUUUGAACCCGACAGCGGGACAAAAACACACGCUGGAUCAUCACGGAGAGACGAUAAAAAUUGAGGAACUAGAUGAAACAGAGGAGGGGAUCUCAUCAGUUAGUAGAAAUGAUGAACCGGUACAUCUCGCGGGCAAUUCACCUUCGCGAAACGGACAGGAAAACGAUCCGGUAGUGGUGACUAAAAUGACACCGUCAGCGGAUCGAUGUGUAUCGGUUAUAUCGGUGAAGGACGAAACUGCACUAAAUCCGUUCGGGGAGCACGGAGAGCGAUCCGAAACUGUGGAACCUCAAACAACCCAAACUAGUCUGGACAGUGUGCAUGAAGAGUGCCAUAAAACAAAAACUGGUAUUAUCCCACCCAUGGUUGAUACACUAUAUGGCAAAAAGAAGCAAUCAAUAUCUAGUAUAGCACUCAUUCGGAUGCGAAUGGAUUGUAAACGAUUCCGAUGGAUCAAACAAUUCACAAAAUACACUCCGUAG